AAAAAAAAAAAAAGAAAAAAAAGAAAGAAAAGGGAAUUCAUAGUUCAUUUUGUUUGCUUGGUGGGCGGGUGGGUCGUUGGCUAGUCCUCAUCCAGAAGGCGGCAACUUGUUUACAAAUACCUGGUAAAAUAAAGACAAAUUGUGUUUGACCAACUCGCCCUUAUUAUUAUUCAUCCAAAAAAAAAAAAAAAAAAAAAAAAGCCCUGAAAAUACGAAAUAAAGUGAUUCAAUAAGUAAGCAGAAAGUGGUGGAAUUGUAUGCCAUUAUUGCAACUGGCUGGCUGUGAGUCUUAGACAAAGCUCUGAGGGAACAGCAGCGACUCUGCGACUGCGAGCAUAUUUUGCAAAUGGCAACAUUAAUUGGUUUCUUCUGUGUUUUGCUGGCUGCAACUUUAGCUCAUGCCCAGCGUCAGCAAGGAUUCAUAAGCAUCGACUGUGGCUCUCCAAAUUUCCAAUACCAAGACGUGGAUACCGGCAUAAGUUAUGUUUCAGAUGAAGCUUACAUAAUCACUGGGAUUAACCGCAACAUCUCCUCCCAAUAUGCAUAUCCAAUCAAUCCCAACCUGCCAUUCCCUCUUUCCGACCUCAGGAGUUUUCCUCAAGGUUUCAAGAACUGCUACUCCUUGAACCCUUCAGCUGGAAAUGGCAGCUUGAAUUUGAUCCGAGCUUCCUUCUUGUAUGGAAACUAUGAUGGACUAAACAGACUGCCCGAAUUCGACCUCUAUCUUGAUGUCAACCUUUGGUUCACUGUCACAUUCCAAUCUGCUUCUCACAUUAUCACAACUGAGAUCAUCACCACCGCACUAUCAGAUAUCAUACAUGUUUGCCUUGUUGACAAAGGCUUGGGAGUUCCUUUCAUCUCUGCGCUGGAGCUCAGACCCCUUGAUGCUUCCAUAUAUGCUACCGAGUUUGGGAGGACAUCUGCUUCGUUACUACUCUUUCAAAGACUGGAUAUUGGGCAAACCAACGGUACAGGUCGACAUCAGGAGGAUGUUUAUGAUCGCAUUUGGACCUCCUACAUUUCAACCGCUUGGGAUCCCCUUGCAACCUCUCAAGUGAUUCAUACCUUUGAAGAUGGAUAUAGAGUGCCUUAUGACGUAAUUAGGACUGCAGCCAAGCCCCAGAAUGGUACUGCAUCUCUGGAGUUGAACUGGAAUGCAAAUGAUUCCAAUUCUGAGUUUUACGUUUACUUGUACUUUGCUGAAGUUGAGCAACUUGGCAGAAACCAAUCUAGAAAGUUUAAUGUAUCUUGGAAUGGAACUCCACUAUUCCGAUCUUUCAGUCCUCGUCGUAACUAUUCAACCAUAUUAUCAAAUUCAAAAGCCCUGGUUGGGAAAGAGCACCUGAUUUCAAUUUAUAGAACUGAGGAUUCAACUCAUCCGCCUAUUCUCAAUGCUGUUGAGAUUUUCAUGAUCAAGCACAUGGAUGACUUACCAACAUAUAGUCAAGAUGUUGAUGCUAUUGUGGAUGUCAAAACAACAUACCAAAUUAACAAAAGCUGGACUGGUGAUCCCUGCGGGCCAAAGAAUUUCUCUUGGGAAGGUCUCAAAUGCAGCUACAAUGCUUCAUUUCCUCGGAUUAUUUCUCUGAACUUGAGUUCGAGCAAUUUGAGCGGGACACUAGCUGCUUCCAUUGCCAAGUUCUCAUUGCUGGAGUCUUUGGAUCUUUCUAACAACAACUUGAGUGGAUCAAUUCCUCGGUUUCUGGAGGAUCUAAAAUCUCUCAAGUUCAUGAAUUUGAAAGACAACCAAUUGUCUGGUUUAGUUCCUAGUGCUCUUCUCAAGAGAUCAGACGCUGGAUUACUUGUAUUGAGUGUGGAUGGCCAAAAUCUUUGCGCGUCAGAUUCAUGCAAAAAGAAGAAGCAAAUUGUUGUUCCAAUAGUGGCAUCAGUGUCAUCAGCAGUAGUAGUCCUUAUAGCACUGACUGUCAUAUGGAAACUGAGAAAAGAGAGAAAAUCAAAGGCAGAUAUGACUAAGAAAAUGGGAAAAACAGUAGCAAUAAAGAAGAUGCAGCUGAGUCAUGAAGAGGUUUUAGAGAUUACCAACAACUUUGGAAAAGUGAUAGGGAAAGGAGGAUUUGGGACAGUGUACCAUGGCUACAUGAAGGAUGGCAACCAAGUUGCAGUCAAGAUGCUUUCUCCAUCAUCAUCUCAAGGACCCAGGGAAUUCCAGACCGAGGCGGAGCUGUUGAUGAGAAUCCACCAUAGAAACUUGGCCUGUUUUGUUGGAUAUUGCGAUGAUGCUGAUCACUUGGCUCUCAUUUACGAGUACAUGGCCAAUGGAAGCCUUAAAGAAUAUCUUUCAGAGAAGAGUUCGGAUUUGAGUUGGGAAAUGAGGCUUCACAUAGCAAUAGAUGCUGCUCAAGGUCUAGAGUACCUGCAUAAUGGAUGCAAGCCACCAAUAGUACAUAGAGAUGUGAAGACAGCCAACAUUCUAUUAACAGAAAACUUGGAUGCUAAAAUAGCAGAUUUUGGUCUUUCUAAAGCUUUUCCCAGUGACAGAGACUCUCAUGUUGAAACCAAAGUCGUAGGCACAGCAGGAUAUCUUGAUCCAGAGUACUACACCUCUCGUAAGUUGAACGAGAAAAGCGAUGUAUAUAGUUUUGGUGUGGUUCUGUUAGAGCUAAUCACAGGGCAAACUGCAGUGAUUAAAAGUGAGGUUCGAAUGCACAUCUUAGAUUGGCUGGUUACGGAGCUGGAAAAAGGAGAUAUAACAAGAAUUGUUGAUGGAAGGAUGAUGCAAUUGCAACCAGAUUUACAAGUGAAGUCUGUUAAAAAAGCUUUACAAGUAGCAAUGGCAUGCACCACUUCCACCUCCCUUCAGAGACCCACAAUGGGUUCUCUAUUGGCAGACCUUAAACUGUGUUUGGAGAUGGAGUUAUGUAGGGAUAGCAUUUCGCAUCCACAAAGUACAACAAGUACUGAUACUAGUCAUCAUAAUCAGGAUCGCAUUUACAUAACGUCAUCUUCAUAUUUUUCAUCUGAUCAUGAACUUUCUUCCAACAAUACUACUCAUUCCCUCAAUGCUCAGUCAAUGACUGCACCAUUUCCAAGGUAGACUAGCUAGUCAAACUUUAUAUAUAUAUAUAUAUAUAUAUAUAUAUAUAUAUGUCAUUCUUAAUUUUUCUUUAAUUAAAUUCCCUCUUUUUGUUUCCCUAGCUUGUAUAGAGAAAUUUACAAUAAUUCAUGCAUAUAAAGGUCAAAUUAUUUUCUUUGUCUAGUAUAUUAAAC